CAGCCUCGCUGGUAAGCGGAUUCACGGACUGUUCCGACGUCACAAUCACGGCUCGCUAGCCAUCUUUCCUUUUUCCAACUUCGCCCUCCAGUUUUCAGGUCUUCGGGUUCUGGACUCUCGAGUGACCCCCGAGGUCCUUUCCCCCUUGUUUCUUGGCUUAUAUUGAUUGAUUGAUUCCCCUUCUCCUCUCCCCAUUCCCCUCGAGCAUACCACGGAACGUUGCUAUUCUAUUGCUUUGCCGUCGUUAUUGCUUUUACCAUUUUUACCCCACCAAGCACCUCUGUGGGGCCCUUCUCUUGCAUUCCACUAUCCUGUUCUUCACAUCCAAUUCACAGCAGGUGGGGUAACUAAGUUGGCGCAUGAAAUGAAGUUUACGGGGUUGCUCUGUUCUUCUGCCUUAGCAUUUUGGGAGAAUACCUUGGCUCUACACCUGCAUCCGCCAUCCGAGAACGCAGGGAAAACCCUUUCGUUUGGAUUCCAGAAAGUAAAGAGGAAUGUCGAUAAUAUUCCCCGGUUACGGAAGAGGGACUCUCCAAACACCGUCGGCCAACGUUUGGACAAUCUGGAUUACCUUUACUAUGCUAACAUCAGUGUUGGAACGCCGCCGCAAAAAUUACGGUUACAUCUCGACACGGGGUCCUCGGAUGUAUGGGUUGAAACGAUGAACUCCUAUAUUUGCCAGCGACCUCAGAGGCCAUGCCGGCGCACUGGGACGUUCAAUCCGGAUGGCUCGUCUACCUACGAGAAGGUUAGCGACGAUUUCGACAUUUCUUAUGUUGACGGAGAAUAUGCACGGGGUGAAUAUGGAAAGGAUGUGUUCACCCUCUCGGGUGGCGUGAAGGUGGCUGGUUUGCAAUUCGGCGUAGGCCUCGAGUCAACAUCGACGGAUGGGAUUAUGGGGAUCGGUUUCAGCCUGAAUGAGGUGCAGGUUCAGAGAUUGGGGAAGGAUCCAUAUAGAAAUUUGGUGGAUCUUAUGGUUGAUCAGAAGCUCAUCAGGUCUCGGGCUUAUAGUAUGUGGUUGAAUGACCUCGACGCUACCACUGGUGAAGUAUUAUUUGGGGGAGUGGACACAGCCAAGUUCACAGGCUCUCUUACCACGCUGCCCAUGGACAAACGUGUGGGAGAGGCUAAGGCCCGUGAAUUUGCUAUUACCCUGACUUCCGUCUCAAUUGCCAACUCUAGUGGAGGUUCCUUGACUCUGACGGCGAACGGUUACGCCAGCCCGGUAGUUCUGGAUUCUGGAUCUACUUAUACUUACUUAGACCCUAAUCUGGCUAAAGAGCUCGGCGAUCAGGUUGGCGCUCAGCCAUUAGAUCAGUAUGGUGUAGCUGUUGUCCCUUGCGAGGUCAGAGGUUAUAAUGGAAGCGUCACCUAUGGAUUUUCUGGGGCAACUAUCACAGUUCCCCUGAGGGAGUUGGUUGUCGAUGCUCGGGACAGGUCAGGAAAGCCCGUAAGAUUCAGUGACGGGACACCUCUUUGCUAUUGGGGUAUAUUGAGUUCUGGGGAUCUGGGAACAAACGUUAUGGGUGACACAUUUCUCCGUUCCGCUUAUGUCGUUUUUGACCUCGACAACGAGGAAAUAAGCCUUGCCAACACCCUCUAUAACGUUACGGAUAGCAGAAUCCGUGAGAUUGGCACCGGGAGGUCGGCUGUUCCUGACGCGACUGGGGCUCCCAGUGCAGUCACGGUGCUAGCGAGUGGCACUGGCAUUAAUCGUGGUAAUGCGCGGCCCUAUAUUUCCGAGACUAUGACUAGAAAUUCUCCGCCCGACCCGACGGGCACCGCCAACCCUGCACCCUCACUUAAUCCAUCCUUUGCAUCGACACUGUUAUUAUUCACCACUGUAACUAUAUCCCUUGUUUUAUAGGCUCCGUUGGUACGAACAGAGUCACUUCUAGAAUGUAAAUGUUUUAUGACGGAUGGCUACUUUUGGUUAUAUUGGAGUGAGAUGGAUUGCUCUGCUCUAUCUUGGGUUUAUGGUGCUUUUGGCGGUAUUGUCUUUCUAUUUAUUCUCGUGUCCAACGCCUCUGGUGACACGAUGAUUUCGGUUCGUUAAAAGGUUCCUAUACAAGUAUCAUAGUGGAGUUGGGGGCAAAUUGGGAU